AUGCAUCGCCAGCUUCUAACCCUGCUUCGCCUGACAGUUCCGGGCCCACCCGCUGGUGUUUUGGGAGGCCUUGCUGCUGGCAGUCAAGAAGUGUCGUCCCCUCGUAACCCCAGCGAGUCCCACGACCACCAAUCCCCGAUAGCCCCCUUCUUCCAACGCCAACAACGGCCGCUUCCGCGCCGACAAGACGUCGUGACGCCCCAGCAAGACGACGGCUACGACAGCAACAACGACAACAGACCACCCACUUCAUCUUCCCAGCGGACCCUCCGCCGAACCCCCCGCUUCUCGGCCAGCCCCAGCCCGACCCCCAGCCCCCGGCCACUCGAUACCGCACCCCGCCGGGCCCAUCUUGAGGCAGCCACCGUUGGUAUUAGCCCGCCGCCUCACUUCACCACAGCUGGUGGCCCGGCGCAACAAGCAAGACCGGCUGCGCACAGCUUCCAAUCUUUCCGGCGACAGCUCUCCCAGGAGCUCAGUGACGAUCCCGAAGACAACUCCCCCGUUCUCCCGUCCCCAUUCGCUGCGAACCCACAAGACCCCUCUUCCGCAAGAACCUCGCCUUACCCGGCCGUCCGUCUUUCCAAGAACACCAAGAGCGCUAUCCUCUGGGCCCUCGAGGAAGCACUCCGACAACCGAAUCCUUUCUCUGCGGACCCCGUCGAGGAGAACGCUUCGAUGGCCGACCUUAUCGCCAGCGCCGGCGGGCCAGCCACCACCAACGGCCAUGCGCCAUCUUCCUCCCGGCCGACCGCACCACCUGCUCAGACCGGUUCUCCGUCACAGGCGAUCCGUGGCCCUCGUAUGAUCAUGCGCGAUAGGUUGGAGCGUGAAGCACGGCAGCGAGCAGAGCGCGAACAGCUAGAGCGCGCCCGCGCCGAGGAAGAGGCUCGCUUACUGGAAGAAACACAACGACGGGUGGCAGAACAGCAGCGGGCGGCUGCUGCUGCUGUGACUGCUGCUACACCGGACCUCGCCACGCAACGUCGGCAGCAACGGGCGCAAGAAGCCGCCGCACAAUCCUCACGAAUUCCAGGUGGUAUGCCUUCAUCCUCCGCACAACAACCCUCACCAAAUGUACAACCCCUACGCCCGACCCGUGUUCCCGCAACAUCACAACAACAGCAACCACAGAGUUUCCCCAACCCGCCCCAACAGAAUGUCAACAACCCUGCAAUUCCGCCGCAGACAGUCGACCCUUCUCAAGCCAUGGGCUCGGCACGUAUCAAGAACACGUUCCCCCAUGCGUUUGAGCGCUGGGAAGCCCUCUCAGCUCAUUGGGAGGGCAUGACGAGCUUCUGGCUUCGGCGGUUGCAAGAGAAUACGGACGAGGCCGAGCGCAACCCCAUCAGCACGCAACUAUCUCGCCAGGUUGCGGAUCUCUCCGCUGCCGGGGCGAACCUCUUUCAUGCCGUUGUCGAGCUGCAGCGUCUCCGUGCUAGUUCCGAGCGCAAAUUCCAGCGGUGGUUCUUUGAGACUCGCGCCGAGUUGGAGCGCAACCAAGAAGUCAAUGCCAUGCUGGAAGCCCAGAUGGAGCAAGAAAGGCAAGCGAGGACCGACGCCGUUCGCGGUGCUGCGCAACACGAAGCCGAGAAUGCCAAGCUCCAGAAGCUGGUGACCGAGAUGAGGCGGGAGCUGCACAUUUCCAAGGAGGAGGCCCGCCGCGCCUGGGAGGAGCUUGGCCGCCGUGAACAAGAAGAGCGUGACCGUACCAAUUCGCUCCAACAAGGCCAGCCCACCAUCGUCGGUGGAGUGCAAGUGGUCCCCAUGACGCAAAGCGCUCCGAGCCAUGCCUCCAGCCGGCACAACCGGUCCACUAGUCAAGCCGCAGACACCUCCGAUUAUGUUGCUGCUCAAGGAAGCCAGUAUCCAUCGUAUACCGCUGCGCCCCAUGUCCCAAGCGCGCCUACAGCCUCGUACAGCAUGCCGGAGUCGCCCGUGUCAGCCAGCGACCCCAGCGCUCGGUACUACCAACAACAGCAAGACUCCACCGGUCACGACGCGGGCGACUAUGGUGCGGGCUCUGAAGGCGGGUAUAGCGAAGGAGGCGAAUACAUGAUCGACUCGCGAGGCAACUACCUGACAGAUGAACACGGCAACAAGAUUCCCUUCCACAGCCCGUCCACUUCACCUAGCCGAGCUCGAAGGACAGACGCCGGCGCGGAGGAAUAUGACGACGAUACCCCUGUUUCGCAAGCACCGACUAGCUACCCCCCCUCUAGCUCGCAAUGGGCAGGCACGCACACCAACCCCACCCCCGAGUAUUCCGGCCAAGGCUUCGCCGUCCCUGGUUGGGAGACAAUGCCCCGACACCACCACCCAACCAGACUAAGCGACGUGAUGGAGGAAGAUGAGCGCAGCCGCGCCUCGGUGAGCCACGUGAGCCGCGCUUGA